AUGGCCGUAUCCCCGCGCCGCCCGCUGCUUCUGCUGGCCGUCCUGGCCCUCGCCCUAGCCCUGGCCGUGAGCCCUGCGGCCGGGCAGGGCCCCAGAAAGAAAGGCCUGGUGGGCGGCCUGAUGGAGGCGGACGUCAACGAGAAGGGCGUACAGGAGGCGCUGUCCUUUGCCAUCAGAGAGUACAACAAGCAAAGCAACGACGCCUAUCAGAGCCGCGCGGUGCGCGUAGUGCGCGCCUUCAAGCAGGUUGUGUCUGGGAUGAACUACUUUUUGGACGUGGAGAUUGGCCGAACCACGUGUACAAAGUCCCGGGCCAACUUGGACAACUGUCCCUUCCAUGACCAGCCACACCUGAAAAAGCAAAAGCUUUGCAACUUCCAGGUUUACGUCGUCCCCUGGAUGAACACCAUCUCCCUGGUGAAUUUCAGCUGCCAGGAUGAAUAG